AUGUCCAAUCCAGACCAGUAUACUGUUGGUUGGAUAUGUGCCUUGGAGACGGAAUAUGUCGCUGCCCGCGCUUUUCUCGAUAAGAGGCAUGGCCUACCGGAAAGUCUUUCGCCAAAUGAUAAUAAUCAUUACACACUAGGAGAAAUUGGGGGCCAUCAGGUUGUUAUUGCGGUUCUACCAGAUGGAGAAUACGGGACAUCAUCCGCAGCUAGGGUGGCUAGGGAUAUGGUGCACAGCUUUCCAAACAUCCGAUUUGGGCUAAUGGUUGGGAUUGGUGGGGGCGUUCCAACAAAACGGGACAUACGCCUUGGCGACGUUGUCGUGAGCUCAUCUCGAGAUGGACGUGGUGGUUUGCUUCAGUAUGACUUUGGUAAGGAGCUGCAAGGGCAAGGAUUCCGUCAAACAGGGUUCUUGAACCAGCCGCCGCCGAUCCUGCGGGCGGCCGUAGCUGGGCUCCAAGCGCAGUAUGAGGGGGAGGGCCAUCGAUUGAAGGAGAGCAUACAAACUUUGCUUGAAGGCAAUAAGAGACUGAAGCGAAAAUACACACAACCUCCUUCCGAAACUGACAGGCUUUAUGAAAGCCAGUUUACCCACACUCCAGGCAGUGAGGCAAGCUGUGCCGAGCUCUGUGAUAACUCAAAGUUGAUUAUUCGACCGGAGCGAACUGAGGAUGAGGAUGAUCCUGCUAUUCAUUACGGCUUGAUAGCAUCUGGGAAUAAAGUGAUUAAAGACGCAAUAUUCCGCGACAAGCUAGCGGCAGAGGAAGAUGUUUUAUGCUUUGAAAUGGAAGCAGCUGGACUGAUGAACCAUUUCCCUUGUUUGGUCAUUCGUGGUGUUUGUGACUAUGCUGACUCGCACAAAAGCAAGGAAUGGCAAGGCUAUGCUGCAAUGGUGGCCGCAGCAUAUGCAAAAGACCUUCUCUAUCAAAUUGUCCCUCAGAGGGUAAACGCCGAGCGAAAGGCUUGUGAGGUUCUUGACGGGAUCCAAAACCAACUGGACAAUGUAUCCAAGAAUGUUGAUCACAUUCAUUCAAUUACUAGCGCAUCGGCUAGGGAAAUCAAUGCUAUGGCACAAAGUAUCGACCUGAAGGAGUUACCGGUCGCUGGCGGAGCUGAAUUUGAAACGUAUAUGGACCAACAUGAAGAAGAAUGUCUUCCGGGAACCAGAAAGGAGCUUCUUCUUAGUAUUGAAGAAUGGGCCGUCUCACCCGAAGGAAAAUGUAUUUUCUGGCUCAACGGUUUGGCCGGGACUGGCAAGUCCACAAUAUCACGAACUGUGGCCAAAUCCUUUAAAGAGCAAGGGCUAUUGGCGGCGAGCUUCUUCUUCAAGAGAGGUGACGGAGAUCGCGGCAAAGCAGCUCGAUUCUUCACAACUAUUACCAAACAGCUAUUUACCAAAUUCCCAGAAAUACGCCCUGCUCUCUUACAGGUAAUCAGGGAUAAUCCAGGAAUCUCAGAUAAACCACUCAAGGAGCAGUUUAACGAGCUCAUUUACCAGCCACUCCACAGCUUGAAUCGACCAGAAAACCAGAGCUCACCUCUAGUGAUUGUGAUUGAUGCACUAGAUGAAUGUGAAAAUGACAACGAUAUCAGAGCCAUCCUCGGACUACUGCCGCGUGUUCAGGAGUCAAACUAUGCAUACUUGCGAUUCUUUGUCACCAGUCGACCUGAACUACCUAUUCAGUUAGGCUUUCAGACGAUUAAAGGUAGCCACCAAGAUUUAAUUCUUCAUCAGAUUCCCGAGCCAAUAAUAGAACACGACAUAUCCUUGUUCCUCGAACACAAGCUGGCUCAAAUUAGGAAGGAGCGUAUUCUUUCUACGGGCUGGCCUGGAAAGCCUAAUAUCCAAGCUUUGCUUACCAUGUCGGUGCCACUAUUUAUUUUUGCUGCCACCAUCUGCCGUGUGUUUGAGGAUCAUAAUUUGGACCCAGAGCAGUGUCUCACUGAGAUCCUCAAGUAUCAAAGCCAAGAGUCUAAGCUGGAUGGAACAUACCUUCCAGUACUGGACCGCCUUGUUUCUAAAUAUAGUGGGACAAGACGAGAGCAAUUAAUUCAGGACGUUCGACAAGUUGUUGGGAUAAUUAUCCUUCUUGAGAGUCCACUCUCCGUCACAGCCCUCUCAAAGCUCAUGGGGAUCGCUAAAACAUCAAUUAACGCCAGGCUAAGUUCGCUGCACUCGGUCUUGCAUAUACCAAAUAAUGAGACGCUGCCAGUGAGGCUCUUUCAUCAAUCAUUUCGUGACUUUCUUCUUGACUCCAACACCCGUGAGAAGACUCCAUUCUGGGUUAAUGAGAAUGAAAUGAACCAAAAAUUAACAGCCUACUGUCUUUCUGUCAUGCGUAGUAAGCUGAAGAAGAAUAUGUGCAAUCUUCAAAGCUACGGAACCGAGCGAAGAUAUAUUGACACCCAGUCUGUCAAUGACUGUUUGCCACCAGAGCUUCAGUAUUCGUGUCGUUAUUGGAUCCACCAUCUAGCACGAAGCAGAGAUCCCAAGAGUCAUAUUAAUGAUGUUUUGGCAUUUCUUGAUAAUCAUUUCCUUCACUGGGUGGAGGUGAUGAGCAUGCUAGGCAUUGUGUCAGAAGUUCUGGGAGGCAUUAGUACUUUACAGUUAGUAGUGCAGGUAAGUUGUUAUCAGGCCUUCUGA